AUGUAUGACGUGAUAGCGAAGAUCAUUUGGCUACUAGCUGUCAUUUCAAACCUGUUACUGGGAUCUCAGGCACAGCUAGUGUCAGAGAAUGAAUGUGCGACCAGUGUCCACGCGAUCAUUGCCAGGGGUCAAGGAGGGGGCGAUGAUCUUAACGUGAUGAGUACCCUUUCAGACUUGAUAUUACAACAGAUCCCCGGAUCGACAACCCUCGGCCUACCUUACGAUCACCGGAAUGUUUUGACCGAUGAUGCCAAGCGGGACACGGUCCACGAUGCGGCCGUGUUGAUGCAGGAGUUCGUACAGGAAUACGCCGCGUCCUGUCCCGAGGCUAAGAUUGUGGUCGUGGGAUAUUCAAUGGUGAGUGCUGAACUCAACUCAUGA